AUGCUGCCUAGUAUAAUGAGUAAAGUCAAUCAGCAAUCCAAUGAUGCGUAUCAUUUGAUGCCGAUUAAAGUGCUGGAAGUUCAGUCGCAAGUAGUGGCUGGGAUAAAGUAUAAAAUGAGGUUACAAGUCGCUCGAUCGCAAUGCAAAAAAGGUUCAAAUGAUGUUAUUGAUUUAAAGAACUGUAUUAAACUGGAGGGAGCACCAGAUCAGAUCAUCUUUAAAUUGAUAAAAUAUGGCUAUGAUUUUUUUUCUUCGAUGAGUCAUAUAAGUGUAAAGAUAAACACAGUAGUUCUGGCUGUUCUUUAUGAUUUUCUGCAUAUUCCAGAAUAUAAUAUAAAUGUUUUAUUUAUUUUUUGCUUUCAUUAACA